UCUCCACCACACGUCAGCCGUGACAGUCACCGACUGCCAUUGUGGAAUUGGGGGCAAAAGGCGCAUUGGCGACUCCGCUGAAACUCAACUCGACUUGACCGCACACGAAGCUCCUUCUUCUCCUUCUUCUUCAUUCUCCUCCCUUCCUUACUUCGCCUCCGCCGAUUCUCCCUCUGUUACAACUCACAUUCACACAGCAAUGGACUUUGAGGCACAACUGGCGAGCAUCGGACAGGUCGCGAACCAGAAGGACAAGAUCAAGGGCUAUCAGGACCUGCUCGCCUCCAUCCUACAAGGCGCUGCUGCCGAUGAGGCCUCCACCUGUCAGCGUCUUCGACAAUUCAUCACGGCCGCAACCGAGGACUCUGUCGGGCUUGUCGUCUCACGCCAGGCGCUGACAGACUUCACGAACGCUGUUAACAGCACUACCAACCUCUCCGCUGAGAACAAGAAGGAGGUCUACAAGCAUGCGCUAGACAAGGUUCAAGGCAGGGUCGUGUCCUUUGAAGAGCAGGUCUCGGCUAUCAGGACACACUUGGCCACCAUCUACGAAGACGAGGAAGAUUGGGCGGAGGCUGCUCAGGUAUUAAUGGGUAUUCCUCUGGACUCUGGUCAUCGUAUUAUUCCCAACGAGUACAAGGUUGGAGUAUACAUUCGCAUCGUCCGCCUGUUACUCGAGGACGAUGAGGCUGUCAGCGCAGAGGCCUAUCUCAACCGCGCCUCGGUGCUGAUGCGCGAUACUAAGGAUCUCGCGCUUCAGUUAACCUUUAAGCUGUCGCAGGCCAGGAUCUCGGACUUCAAGAACAAGUUCUUGGAAGCCAGUUCGCGCUAUCACGAGAUCAGUUAUAUUCAGGACGUCGAUUUUGAGGAACGCAUGCAUACCCUGUCCGCGGCUGUGGUAUGCGCAGUUUUGGCUCCAGCAGGGCCUCAGCGCUCUCGAAUGCUCGCCACACUCUACAAGGACGAUCGCUCUCAACGACUCCCACAUUUCUCGAUCUUGGAAAAGAUGUACCUCGAUCGCGUGCUCAGGAGUAAUGAGGUCUCAGAGUUUGCAGGCACAUUGAAGCAACACCAACUCGCGCUCUUGCCCGAUAACACGACAGUCCUGGACCGCGCUGUUAUCGAGCACAACUUGCUGUCGGCAUCCAAGAUCUAUAACAACAUCUCGUUUGAGGAACUGGGGGCACUUCUUGGCGUCACACCUGAACAGGCUGAAGCAAGAGCCAGCAAGAUGAUGGGCGAGGGACGAAUGUCCGGAAGCAUUGACCAAAUCGAGCGGCUCAUCUUUUUCGACCGCACUCAUGGCGCUCAGAUGAGGCUCAGUGCUGGGGCCAAGGGGGGUGCAGGCGGUGGCUCCAGCGGCGCAGCCAAUGGGUCGGGUUCGGGCGCAGCAGGAGCAUCAGGAGCCGCUAUCAGUGCGGUGGAUGACGAUGAGGAUCAGGAUAUGAAUGGACAUGAGGCACCAAUGCUGUCGACGUUGUGGGAUGCCAGUAUUCAGGAUCUGUGCGGACACGUAGAAGAGCUGGUUGGCAUCAUUGGGGCCAAGUACCCAGACUAUGUCGCUACGAAGAUCGCCAUGUAGGUUUGAUACUCGGCCAGGACAGACAGUCGCGACAUAUCUUCGACUUGAAAUAAAAUGAAAAAGGAUAUUACUGGAUG